GCCGCGGCGUACAGUGAUGUAUGUCGCGAGAUGGCGAAGGGUGUGUUGUUGGUGGUAGACCUAACAUGGACGACAUGGCCUAGGCUACAAACACUAGUCCAGACUGCUGACGUCGCCUAUGUACACGUGGAGACUCCGAUCAAGGUGAUUGUCAGAGCAGUUGAUGAUGUCAUGAGGAAACUCAGAGGCGCGACCAAUGCCGUCAUUAUAUUGGAGGACGACAAAUUUACAGAGGAGCUGAUGUAUUAUUUUGUGGAGCUGUCACCACUGAGAAUGUACCUGUUGUCUGUCCUCUCCGUCCCCCUAUGUAAUGUUGGCUCAGUUACAGAGGAGCUGAUGUAUUAUUUUGUGGAGCUGUCACCACUGAGAGUGUACCUGUUGUCUGUCCUCUCCGUCCCCCUAUGUAAUGUUGGCUCAGUUACAGAGGAGCUGAUGUAUUAUUUUGUGGAGCUGUCACCACUGAGAGUGUACCUGUUGUCUGUUACAGAGGAGCUGAUGUAUUAUUUUGUGGAGCUGUCACCACUGAGAGUGUACCUGUUGUCUGGUCUGGACCCUCGGUCCGCUCACACGUUAAAGGAUAUUCGGCCUUCUCCAUCUUUCUACGUUGUUUUGGCCUCAACCUCGGCUACUGAAGUCAUCAUCCGAGUAGCCAAUGAAACAAACCUACCAAGAAGAAGAGAUUCUUGGCAUAUUUUUUUGACCGACUUUAAGUUCAAAGAAUUGAAGCAUCAUAAAUCUGACUCUACAAGCACAAUUGUCUCAAUGACUGUCAAGAUGUGUUGUGUGUUCCUUGGACUGUCCUCUGGCUGUGAUUGCUCAGACGAUAUUGGAGGAAUCAAACAUGUAGAGCAAGUUAUGUUUCAACAGACAGGCAAGUUGCUGGUAGAUGUGUUGUCGACAGCUACGUUGUCAUCGGUAAAGUUUGACUGUGACACUUUACAUGCUGCUACUCCUGCAGGGCCUAACUCUACCACCAGACUGUUCUACCAGGCGUUAAAACAGGCCACGGACACACACCCUGUGGUGGGUCUCCAUGGUGGGUUAAUGCCUAGCCUACAACCCAAGGUCUCUCUACUCGUCAACUCCAGCCUCGGGUAUCCAAUCGCCUCUUGGAACAUUAGCUCCAGCCUAACUCUGGAGAGUGGCUAUGUCGUCAAUCCUGUCAAGAGAUUCUUCAAAGUCGGUAUCUCUCAGGCAGUUCCAUGGUCUUACCGACUGACGGACUCCAUCACAGGCCGACCGCUGCAUGGUGAGGACGGCGCCGAGUUGUGGACAGGCUACUGCCUCGACUUCCUAGAGCGCCUGUCUCAUGAACUGAACUUUGACUACGAACUGGUGCCCAACGAUCACUUCGGAGUCCGCUCCAGGAAUGGCAGGUGGAACGGUUUAGUCGGUGACCUGGCUGAGGGGCGCACAGACCUGGUGGUGGCUCCUUUGACUAUGACCUCAGAGAGGGAAGAGGUAGUCGACUUCGUAGCGCCCUACUUCGAGCAAACCGGAAUAUCCAUUGUUGUCAGGAAGCCGGAGCGGCGCACCUCAUUGUUCAAGUUCAUGACAGUGCUGCGACUGGAGGUGUGGCUGAGUAUUGUAGGAGCCUUGAUAGUGACUGGCGUCAUGAUCUGGUUAUUGGAUAAGUACUCGCCUUACAGUGCGAGAAACAACAAAAAACUUCACCCCUACCCAUGCAGGGAGUUCACGCUGAAGGAGAGUUUCUGGUUCGCCAUGACGUCAUUCACCCCCCAGGGUGGUGGUGAGACACCCAAGGCCCUCAGUGGUAGGACUCUCGUGGCGGCAUACUGGCUGUUUGUCGUGCUCAUGUUGGCCACAUUCACCGCCAAUCUCGCAGCCUUCCUCACUGUUGAGCGUAUGCAGGCACCGGUUCAGUCGUUGGAGCAGUUGUCUAGACAGUCCCGCAUCAACUACACAGUAGUCGCCAACUCGGACACCCACAGCUACUUCAGGAACAUGAAACACGCGGAGGACACGCUAUACAGGGUGUGGAAGGAGAUAACGUUGAAUGCAUCUAGUGAACAAAGUCAAUACCGUGUGUGGGAUUACCCCAUCAAGGAGCAGUACGGCCACAUCCUACAGGCUAUAGAGAAGACGGGACCCGUGCCUGACGCGGCCACUGGAUUUGCUAAGGUGAACGAACAUGAAUCAGGAUGGUUUGCGCUGAUCCAUGAUGCUGCUGAGAUCAGGUACGAGGUGUAUCGCAACUGUAACCUGUCUGAGAUAGGAGAACCCUUCGCUGAGCAACCGUACGCCGUGGCAGUGCAGCAGGGCAGUCAGCUCAACGAAGAAAUCAGUCGCAAGAUUCUUGAUCUGCAAAAAGAACGAUAUUUUGAGUCUUUGAGUGCCAAAUAUUGGAACACAUCGGGAAAAGGAAGUUGUUUCAAUUCAGAUGACAACGAGGGAAUCACACUAGAAAGUUUAGGAGGGGUGUUCAUCGCCACCUUGUUCGGACUAGCCCUGGCCAUGGUGACGCUGGCGGUCGAGAUAUUUCUACACAAACGACGACAGAAUGCCAAAGGGAAGGUGGCACCUAGGGCCAAGGAUAUGACGUUCUACCAGGAAUAUCUCAGCUCCAAGGAGUUUGCAGCUCAACCUCCCAACAGCAAGCGAUCCAAGCUGAUACACCCUGGGGCCACGAGAGUCAUCACCGUGUUCCCCAGAGAUCAACUAUAUUAAUGCAGGCUAUUCCUAUGUUCUAAGAAGAAAUUCGGGUGGAUUAUAUGUUCAAAAUUAAAAC